AUGACAGAAACGGAGACAAGGACUACCAAUCCUCGCAAGCAACAGAACGGAAAGGUUGUGGCAGAAACAUCAGCGAUGGAAGAUGUUUUUGAUGACAGCUACAAAGAGAAGGAUGGUCCAAAACCACCGACGAGAUUGGUGUGGAGAAAUAUCAUAUCAAUGCUACUGUUACAUACUGGGGCGGUUUAUGGAGUGACGCUCAUCCCAUCCGCUUCAAGUUUAACUCUCGUUUGGAGUUUAAUGUGCUUCAUCACGAGUGCUCUUGGUAUCACUGCUGGAGCACACAGACUAUGGAGUCACAGAUCCUACAAAGCUUCUUUCCCACUGAAAGUCUUCCUUGGCCUAGCCAACUCAAUGGCCUUUCAGAAUGACAUCUUCGAGUGGGCAAGGGACCACCGGGUUCACCACAAGUACUCAGAGACGGAUGCAGACCCCCACAAUGCAUUGAGGGGAUUUUUCUUUUCUCACAUCGGCUGGCUGUUGGUUCGGAAACACCCUGAUGUCAUCGAGAAGGGAAAGAAGCUGGAGCUUACCGAUCUGAAGGCAGAUAAAGUUGUGAUGUUCCAGAGACAGUACUACAAGCUGUCUGUGGUGCUGCUGUGUUUCCUGAUGCCCAUGUUGGUUCCCUGGUACUUUUGGGGGGAGUCCUUGUUGGUGGCGUACUUUGUGCCUGCCAUCCUGAGGUACACCCUGGUACUUAACGCUACCUGGCUGGUCAACAGUGCAGCUCAUAUGUGGGGCAACAGGCCCUAUGACCAGGGGAUCAACCCCAGUGAGAAUCGGUUCGUGGCUUUCAGCGCCAUAGGGGAGGGCUUUCACAACUACCAUCACACGUUUCCCUUCGACUAUGGCACUAGCGAGUUUGGUUUCAAGUUGAACCUCACCACUGCCUUCAUAGACCUUAUGUGCUGCCUGGGACUGGCCAGGGACUGCAAGAAGGUGUCCAAAGACAUGGCCAAGGCUCGGGCCGAGCGAACAGGUGAUGGGAGCCACAAAAGUGGCUAGGUGUCAUGUCUCGCGCGUAAUAUACUCUACAACAGGCCAAACCAGGAGAGAAUGUAGCUUCAGUAAUCACAGCAGUAGUGGUGUGUAGUGAUGACCACGGUUCAUGUCUCUGCUUGUUUUUGAGUUCAACCUAUAUCUGAGUUCCUCAGACUAAUAUUGGCUUUAAAUGGUCCUAGACCUUUCAGUGUAGUGUGUGUUUGUAUGUUUUGAAAUGCAUUAGUCAACUAUCUGCAAUAGCAAAUAACUUGGCUGGAAAUGUAAGCACAGUGUUUAACCUGUUGUGUCCCAAACAGGCACUUAACUGUGUGAAUAUCAGCAAAGUGUGGUUGAGAUGGGUCAUGUAGAGUAAAAAUGAUAUACCAACCAAGCAACCUGUCAUUUGUGCACCAAAAUCAAAAGGAGCACAUUAACCUCUUAAUUAUUUAUUUGAUAUUAAUAUCUCUUGGUGGCACUUCUUGUUAAGCGAUACAGUUCUUCUUCCCAUUUCGGCGAAGCAAGGCUCGAUUUGAUCAUGUGUCUUUAGUAGAAGCCAAGCUAUGUAAAGAUCUGUCAGUAGCACAUUUGCUGACAUUCUUUCCAUAAGGAUGGAAUAGAAUUUGGGGCCAAACCCUGCUUUAGUGUAUUUUAUUUGUUACUAAGCAACCUUAUUCGGUCCUCUUGAUCAUAAGCUGCUGUGUUAUACAGCCGACUUUCACAGGUCCAUGUAAUCUUCAAAGGUCUCCAUUUAUCAAAUAUCAUACAGUGUACAUACAUUAUAAAGUACUAGUAAAUUUGCAUACAUAUAAACCACAAGAUGUGUCCUGUCCAAGGUGCUCUUAACUGAGGUCUUCCUCGUAGUGGACGAAGUUCUCUGAAACCUGUUGAGUGUCUGUGUAUAACACCACGUAUACCUCUAGAUUUGCUAGUCUCAAAGGAACCCCCUAAGGCCUCCUCUCCCUCUGUACUUUUAGAAUUAUUAUGGGAUUUGACAGGUGAAAACGUGUCUCUACCUCCUGUUUGCCCUUAUAUUGGCCGUUUUGGAAUUUACAUCACGUUGCUUUUACCUGUUUUAUCCUGUUAUCUCUAGAAGUGCUUAGAAAGUGGUAGGGCUCAUGGGGUUGUUUGGUAAAUGGCAGAUAUGUGGCAAAGGUGUUGGUGACCUUAGUGAGAUGGUUAAUGCUUGAUUUUCCAUCUGCUUCAAUGACGCACCUUUGCACUGAAAUAUAGAAAAUGACUUCUCAGUCUUAUACUGAGAUGUUUUUUGUGUCAUUUAUUUUAUACUCUUAUUGCAAAAGAAAGUAGACAGCCGUGGCUGUUCUAGCCUCCCUCUAGUAAACAGACUUGUAAAGCAUUUACUGUAUGUGUUUGUCUCCAUCUUGACAAUACUAGUCAGGAUUCUCGCCCAAAUGCCUUAUGGAGGUUAUGUGAUUUGCUUGUUGCACAUCUAGACACGUCUAAUAAAAGAUUAAUGCAACAUUUAUGAAGGAAUUGGGUCUGUUCAAAAGGAUCAUAUUAUCCAAGUGUGAGGAUUGGAAAAUAUGCUUUGGAAAUGUCAUUUGGCUGUGUUAUUUAAUUACUUGAUGUCUCUAUUUGUGGAAGGGAGAUGGCUAGAAUAACUGUAAUCUCUUUAACUCAAGAGGAAGACUAUAUGAAUAGUCUUUCAUGAUAUUUAAGUCAUAUUUUUGUGAUGAAGACUGAAAAAAGAAUCUACAUUUUGAAAACUGUCCCUUUUGGGCUCCGGAAAUACAGUAAACUCAGAUUUAGUAAGGAACUCAUUAAUGAAAUUGUAAUAAUAUUUGUCAAACUUGCUCUACCUUUUUCUGUGCAAUUAUUUUAUACAGUGUUAACUUCUUGAAGUCUGAAUGCCUUAAAAAAAAAACUGCCGCAUUUUUUCAAGGAAUGUUUUACCCACUGUAUGUACCGUAAAUAAACAACAUUUUCUACAUGUUGGAAA